GCCGUUAUUCUGGGAUGAAGAAUACGAAAGGGUCUGCCCGCCAGCACCAUCACCAUCUGCUGUAUCCGCUUUAUCUUCAUUCUUUCAUUCGCUAUCCUUUCCAAAGAAUUUGAACUACUUGCGGUCUAUUACUGUCCUCCUUUCUUUGCCCGUUCCUCCACGCUUGUUCCACUGCCGUUUGUCUCCACGUGGGGUCAACUUCUGAGCUGUGGCCCAAAAAACAAAAGUCAAGUGGGGGCCUUCGUCGUUGUGCCACCAUCCGCACUUUCUCUUGCAUACAAGUACGAGCCCUCCACUCGUUUUGACCCCAUCCUCCCUCCAACCUGCUAUUUCGUGGUCUUUCCAUAUGGACGUGCUCGAGCAAUUAUUGGCCGAGUUCUUUGGGCCUAACACCUCCACGGAGCGCAAGCGGAGCAUCGAGGCCCAAUUGGACGCUCAGCGAUUGACUCUGGAUGACUGCAGGUACAUGCUGACGAACGCACGGUCUGAUUAUCUUGGAUGGUUUGCGGCAUCUCAGUAUCAAAAAAGGAUUCAACUGGAGUGGGCUAGCCUAGACCCGGAGCUUCAGCGUGCCAAUCGAUCAUUUCUAGUCGUCUUUUUGCAGCAGCAUUUCGGAACAGGGUCUGGUUCAGGCCAAGGCUCCGGGACGGGAUCCGCACUCAGUACUGAGGCUGGCGGCACAAUCAGCACUGCCUCGUCAGGAACUUCAGGAUCAACCUUUCGUUUUUCAAACUUUGUGCUCAACAAGGUAGUCCAGCUCCUCACGGAUAUUGCGCUGAUGGACUGGCCUGAUCGGUAUCAGGACCUUUUCCCAGAGAUUCACAGCCUUUUGCAAAGCAAGAACAGGGAUCAUGCGCUUCUGGGAUGGACUCUGCUGGAAGCGACAGUUCAGGAAUUUGUUGGCAUGUAUCCGGCGCCUGGAGCUGGAAAAUCCCAUCGGGCGCACCUCACACUCUCAAAGCAAAGGUGGUACCUGUGGGAGAACUUCAAGGCGCAGAUACCGGAUCUUCUGAAUCUCAUCGUUCAGCACCUAGACCAAUGCUACAACAAGAUGUUGGUCACACCCUUGCUGACAGAGGCACCAGCACCGUCGCCUGUUGAACACUCUAUCUGGAGCGCUUCGGGUUUCGGUCGACGGCCAAGUUUAGCAACACCGGCACACCUCACAUCUCCAUUGGCGCAGGUGAAUGGCUCCUUUCAAAACUCGCUAUCAGGGUCAAGGGCUGUCCCAGGAUCGUUGAAUCCUCCAGGGUCCAUGUUAGGACAGGCAUCAUUCUUUCAAGAAAGUGGGCAAAGACAAGGUGGCCAGGGCGAACAAGGGUCAGCAGCCUCAUAUGGAAAGUCGCCGACUACCACAUUACGCAAGACUCUCAGUCAAUUCCUUGGAAGCGCCACCAAUUCAUCGAUUAUUCAGUCCACCGACUCUGGUUCCCAUAUCAACCUGAUGCACUCGCCUGCUGGACCGGGGAUAUCGCUACUCCAGGCGCGGCAGAGGAUGGGCUCGAUUAGCGACCUGGGACAAAUGGCGAUGCGGCGGAGCUCGAUCAAUGCUGCCGUUAUGAUGGAAGGCCGGCGUGGAUCUAUCGAUAGCACUUUUAUCAGCGGCAAUCGAAUGGACUCGCAUUCCCGCAAGACCUGUACGUUAGCGCUCCAGGCCCUAACAGCGUUGCUGGCGUGUCCUGGUAUCGACCCUCGUCGGGUGUCAUUCUCGUCCUCCAUUGCUAUCGUACUCAAGUUUUCGACGCUACACCAAAACAAAACCGUCGAUCUGGGCAUUUUGUCGCUCAGCUGUCUCAACGGUCUGGUAGCACGUCCAGGGUUUUUGGCUAAUAACCAGGAGGCAAUGACUGGUGCGGUACGAAUCAUGGCCGACCUUAUACGAUACUUUAAUGAAGUCAAGGAUGGCAUUGACGACAUUGAUGAGAGCUAUCUGCAAAUGUUUAUGCACUUCGUGUCGUUGUUCUGUACCCUGGUGAACCUUGAAAGGGCAGAAAGAGCGCUGGGACUUUCGAAGCCCGAUUUCAUCAUGUCGUUCGCGAAGUUCACAUUAGAGAAGGUGUCUGUGGAUUAUCUUAAGAUAUGCAUGGACGUUUGGAAGACACUACUGGAUGCCAUCAUUCAUUCCGCGUCCGAAAGUCCUCGACCCAUCCCUGCUGGGGAUCCAUUGCGCCGUAUGCAAGGACCAUUGCUGUAUUUUAUGUCUGCUUUGGUAGAAAAAUUUUAUAAAAUGAAGGGAGCAACGCGAUCCGAGGACGCGUUUUCAACCUUUGAGGUUGAGGAUGAAGAAGAUCUGGAGGACCUGACAGAUCUGGUUGAGAGCUUUGUUGGUCUCGUUGCUGAGGUCUUUACAGAAGAAGUUAUUGAGAUGCUGAAUCCGCUCCUCAAUCAGCAGCUGGAGCUCUAUUCAAACCGGGAGAUAGACGAAUGCAAGACUCUGCCGGUGACACUCGGGAUAUUAUCGAAAGUCGCUAACAACUUUGAUCAGAACUUUGAGGAUCGUCGCACGUAUACUUGCAACCUCAUGAUUCAUCUUACAAGGAUGACAAAGUUCUCUGUCGACCAUUAUAUCGCCAUCACAAGUGAUGCGACAGGUCCAGGGAAGGGUGGGGUGGAGCUGACAGGAACAAUAACGCUGGCGUUGUUUCAUUGCUUGUCGUCUCUUAUCUCAUGGGUGAAUCAUCUCUGGAAAGUUGAAACCAGUCCUGAAUCGGGCAACAAUGUCCAUCCAAAGGCACUAGUUGCAAGAGAAAUAUACCAGGAGCUCGCUCAACUGUCAACGUAUUUAUUCCGACGACUUCUACCAACCUCAGCUCUUGGCGCUCCUUCACAGCUAUCUACGAUACCCAGUACUUUCUUGGGCCCGGCUUCAACAUCCUGCUCUGCCAUGGACCGAAGGCUGCUCUUGUCGUCUGUCAAGACCUUGCGUUUGCUUACGCUUCAAGUCAGGAUACCAUUGAAUCUUCUGGCCACCGGCGAUUGUUUAUUUUGGGACCUUGAAUCGACACGCGAGAUGGCUUCAGUUUUAAGUCAGGCUGUGAUGACGCACACGAAUUUUAUGGGCGAAGACUUUGUAUCAUCCAAGCUAGAUAGUAGCAUGGAAGAAGAUGAGCGGAAAGGGAUAACGCCGGAUGACGAGCUAUUCCUGCUGGCAUAUUUGGCAUUGAGCAAUGGUAUAACAUUGGACCCAAAGACGGGCCAUGAACUGCAGACUGCUGCGCUACAGGCCUUUGGACAAUUCGUCGCACCUAUUAUUUAUCCGCUACAAAGCAUACUCCAGGACUCCAGAUCGGCGCCAGGGACAAUUCUGGCCAACAGCGAGGCCAAAUUUCGUGUCCAUAGAUGCCUUACUAUUUUACGGACACUUGUCAGCUCCGUUGAGGGUGCUGCAGUCUCGGCCAGGGCAAUGGUAUAUGAGGGAGUGAGAACAGCACUGCCUCUCGUCCAGGAGUACUUUGAGGUCUAUCUUGAAGAUCAUGACAUUUCGAUAGACAUCCUUUUGUUCUUUAAGUCGCUGGUGAAAACUCUGUAUCGGCAGGUUGGGACGAGUCAUUGUAUGGAGAUUGCUCGCGUACUCAUGGAUCGCCUGUCAAGUCCGCCGCUUUUCGAGACCGCCUUCUCUUCGCAACAAACUGGUCAUCAGCAGCAUCAACAAGCACUCCAUCAGCAGUCCUUCAUCCUGCAGCAACGGAAAGUCCUUCAGCGAGUUCAAAUGUCAGUUUCGAUACUGAAUACCAUCCUGGAACUUCCUAGCAAGGAGAUCUCAAUGUCCUUGACCGACUUCGCCCAGUUUUUGUUCUCACAACUGGGACCAAAACUCUUGGGGACUCAGGAUCAGCGAGAGACUGGCGCAGCUGGAACUCAGGCAGCGUCUUUAGACUCUCAGCACGGAUUACAACAGCCCAGAUCUAGCGAAAGCGGCGUUUUGGAUAACGGAGUGUACGAUCUAAUGUCGCUCUUCUUCUCAACCAUUCAGACCAUGCUCACGCACCACUGCCGAUAUUUUUUCGCUGCCGACUCAUCUACAAGGAAUCAGAAUGGUGGUGAUGGUGUCCAAGAUGGAGCCGAUAGCCAUCGAGCACAGAUGCUUCAGAGCUGCAUGGAAUACUUGGCACGAGGUCUCCACCGUCCAGAGCCGGACAUUGUCCGUCAAUCGAUCGAAAUCAUUGUCGCACUUCAAGAACACAGCCUUUGCCAUUUGUUUGACCGACAAGAGUUUCAGAGCACAUAUCGAUUCGAGUUUCUGAAAUUGCUGCUCCAACUUGCACUGAGCCAUCAACAAGACCUGUUGCUGGAGGAUAUGGCUGGACUUAUCCAUAGUAUGGUUAAGGGUGACGGCUCGGGUGGGGACAGGGACGAAAAGUUCCUGAAUGUCUGGCACGGCGAUCUGAAGCGAUUUGUGGCGGGAUUGGAGCCCUCGCAGGUUCUGGUUACUACGACAACGUCAACGAUGGCUGGAGGACUUUUGCAACCGACGUUGCCGUCUCCGCAGGCACUCCAGGUGUCUGCGUCCGCGUCUUCGCUAUUGGCGCAAGUCCAGUUCCCAGACUCGGUCAAAGAGGCGCUGUGGAUGAACUUGCUCCGCCUUGGGGAUGCGAGCAUGUAUCGGGAAGGGCUUUAUGACUUUAUGAAUGACGCGCAUGUUUAUGCCCAGAACCUCAUUAGAUAAAAAAAAACAAAAAAAUUCCGACCUGUCAAUAGUCAAAAAAUAAAGAUCAUUGG